CAUGUGGUCGCUAUUAUCUAACCGCUAUUAUAAAUAAUAAAAAAAUGAUCAACACUCAGUAGUGUCAGAACCGUUUCUUAAACAACAUAUAAUAUUCUGAUAGCAUUGAAAGUAUUACACCUAUGUAUAUGUGUAUUAUUAAAUAUUAUUUUUUAUUUUUUCUCCGUAUAAAAUAAUGCUUUAAAUUAAACCAACCCAGGUAUCUGUAUUAUAAAUACAUGUGUGUAUUUGUUUUUAAAUUUCCAUUCCUAUAGUUUUAUUUAAUUUCCUAAUUGGAAUAAUUAUGGUUAACUGUUUUUUUAAAUAUUUUUUAUUUGCAAUUAUAUUUAUUAACUUUGUAAACAUAAACGCCGAAACUUCAGGUAUGUACUGAUCAAAUAUAUUUAUUGUUAAUCAUUCUUUUCCACAUAAUAUUAUAUUAUUCAGAUAUUCACAUCAAACUAUUAUUAAUGCCUAAUAUUCUAUUUAUUGAAAAUAUUAAUAUGAUCUUAUAGGUAGCCGGUAGGUACAUACGAAUUAUAAUUUAAAUAUAAAUUAUCAUAUCAAUGUCAAAAAGCAAAAUAAUAUAAAUUAAUCAACAUAAAAUUAAGUAUAAAUUGUAACUCUUUAAUAGCGGAAAGGAUGUAUGAAAAUGAAAAAUGUACGAUAAGUUAGCAGGAAGUAAUAAUGUAAUAUUUAUUUUAGAUCGUGUAUAGGUAUUGUUUAUAGUAUAGUAUAGUGUAGUAUACACUUUAUUUAUAUCUAUCUUUAUAUAUGUAAUUCUACUGUACGUGUGUAUGUAACUGAACUCCUCCUAAACGGCUGGACUGAUUUUGAAAAAAAUUUUUUUUGUAUGUUUGAAUGGUUCCGUGGAUGGUUUAGAUUCACAAUUGGACCCGAUAGGUGGCAUUGCAAGGGUAGCUGACACAGAGUAAUUGGUAUUUUUAGUACAGCGAUUUUUUUUUUUUUUUUUGUUCAUUUAUGGGUUACCUUGGUGAUACGGAUGAAAUUAAAAAACAAAAAAAUGAAUAAUCGGUAAGAUAUUCCGUGUAAGUUGUUCCAAAAUUGAAAUGUUCAUUCUGAUAGAAAAUAAAUAAAUAAAGAUUCAUCAGAGGGCGCCAAGUGAGUGAUACAAUCGAGUUAUUAUUUUUUUAAAUAUAAAUUUGAAUAUAUCGGCAAAUACGCACUUUUAUACUAUAUAGGUAUGUAUAAAUAAAUUGAUAUUUUUUCACCGACGCCAUAACUUGAAAAUGGACGGACCGAUAUGCCUGAUUUUUUUCACAUGAAGGUAUAAAACAAACACCGUGUCGUCUGCGAACGACAAUUGGCUAUAAUACGGUAUACGCGCUUUCCCGCUGUCGAGCGUCUCCACUCCUUGAUAAGUUAGAUUAGGCUUAGCUUCCUUUGAAAUCCAUCAACACUCCCCAUUUAAAAAAAAUGGAGGUUUCGUUAUUUUUCGUAUGAGAAUCAUGAAAAAAAUAUCAUAAUAGAAUACUUAUUACGCCGAAGGUGGACUACCCGCUUUCCAUUUUUUUUUUUAUUCAUUACUCACACGGUCAAAAACUAAACAAGAAAAGGGGUAAAAAAACAAUAGAAAAUUGGCAACGCUGGGCGGGACAGCUAGAGAAUUAUAUGUGUAAGAUAUAUACACCAAAUAAUUUAGCUAGAAAAAAAUAAUAAAAAAUGGCACGGGCAACACUGAGCAGGACAGCUUCACAAUCAUUCUAAAGUUUUUAUCGACAAGAUAUGGAAAUACACUUCUGCUUUUCAUGAAGAAAUGUUAUAACAGAAAACUAUUAGACUACCUAUUUUUUACCUAUUUGUUUUUAUUUGUUAUUAUUUAUUACUGACACGGUCAAAACCAAAAACGAAUAUGGGUAAGAAAUGGCGCGGGCAACGCUGGGCAGGACAUCUAGUAUAUAUAUAAAAUAUCAUGUCCUGACUGACUGAUUCAUCGUGGUCUAGCUCAAACUAUUGAACGAAUCGAGCUAAAAUUUGGCAUACAGAUAGCUAUUAUGACGUAGGCAUCCACUAAGAAAAGAUUUUUGAAAAUUCAACCCCUAAGUGGGUAAAAUAGGGGUUUUUAGGUAUUUUUGGUACGAAUAUCUAAUUGUUUAUUUAUUUACUUUUGUUUAUACAUGUGUUACUUUGGUGACAAUAUGUAGGGCCGGAUGUAACAUUUUGAAAUUGGUGCCCUUUUUAGGUUUCGAGUGGAGUGAGGAAUGUAUUGGUUUUACAAUGAUGUUUAUUAUUAUUCUUAUUAUUUUUUUAUCUGUGAACAAUGUUUCUACCAGAAAUUUUGCUCCGAUUUACAAUGAUAGCAUUUUUUCUGAAAAUAAAACUGUCUGGGACGGUACUUUAAAGAGGUCAUUUUUUGAUUUUACCAGUAUCAAUCGUUAUUUUUUAUGUUUGUAAUAUUAGGUUAACUCGAUCAAUUAUUGUAUUAAAAAUUUGUCCCACGCGGUUAAUAUACAUAUAAAUGAACAUUUUUUUAUUGCUUUUAACAAGUUUUUAUCAUCAAAUUUAAUAGUAGAUGUUUCUCGAUUUGAUAAACCAAACACUUUAAUCAUAUCAGACAAUUUAAAGUGUAAUGCUCUGACUGGUUUAUUGUUUGAAGACUACUUUAUAAUACUGUAACCCUUUAAAGAUAUAUGAAGGAUGGCCAUUAAAAUAUCCCAUAUAUGGAUAGAAUUAGAAAAAAAUUUAAAUAAAUUUUUUGUGAUUCCAAAAAACGUUUCUAUGAAUGAAUAAAAACUGUUAAUAUAUCCACUUAUUAUUUGGUAAUUUGGCACCCCCCGAGGAUGACUUCGGUUUCGACCCGGAGGGGUGGCCCCCUAGAUCCAACCCUGAUGUCAUGGGUGACAAUUUAGUUGUCACGGGCAAGAAAACUAAUAUUAUAAUUAUUAUUAUAUUGUUAUCUAGCAAUAGCGAAGCAUUGCCGGGUCAGCUAGUACUAUAUUAUAUUCUAAAUCUCUUUCUAAACAAUUAUUUAAAAUAAAAUUUGAAUAAAUAACAUGUUACAUAUUUUCUUUCAUUAAAAUAAUUUAAACCAUUUCAAAUAUUACAUUAUUUCAAUAUUUGUUAGGGAAGGUCAUGAUAAUUAUCGGCCCAAUAAGCAUAAAACUUUUGAGUCCAUACCAAAAAAAAAGACACUCACUUCGAUCACUAAGUCUCCCAACUAUAAUUUAAUACUUGUUUACAAUGUAUAUCUAGCAAACUAUGUCCGCUUUUGUUAUCAUAUUAAUUAUUCGAGUAUAGGUAAAUAAUCUUAAUUCAGAUUUACAUAUUACAAAAGUGGGUUUCUACUAUAUAAGUGCACGUGCACGCGUAUACAAAUUCUUUGCUGUGAUUGAUUAGUAUAAAUGCUAAAGCGUUUGAUAUACUAUAGCGUUUAUACGUUCUUACCACACGUUUAGCCAUGCUGCCGUAUUUUUUGAUCCAGUUUAACAAUUAACGUGUACACGCUCGUAUCACAGAAUGCAUUAACAAUGUUAAGAAGGAGAGGAUGAUUUAUAUCAUAUCAAAAAUCUACAAAAUUGAAUAAUCCAUAAUAUAUUUAUUAUAUUGACUGAUAUAUUUUCUAUUCAUUUUUCAUUAAUUCCGACAAUUUCACAUCAAACAUGAAUCUUCCAAAGAUACUUGUAAUAGUACUAAAGUGUAAAUACAUUAAUUAAACUUUUAAUAUGGAUAUAUCUACGGUAUUAGGGAAAUAUCCGUUUAAAACAAUUUCGACCAAUAUUGAAAGUUCACGUUUAUUAUGCAGGUACAAGUAUACAGUGAAAACCCACCUUAAUCUUCAACGAACUUUACGCUGAAAAAAAUAUAUUGAGUUGCUCACAAAAACACAUAUCAGGGUAAUAAAUUGCAUACCUAUUUUCAAAUAAAUAUAAUAAUUUGAUAAUUCUUCCUUAUUUCUCCAGUCUUAACUUUAAAUAGUUAUAAUUCAUCAACGAUAAAUCUGACAUUAUUUUUAUGUAUAUUAAAGUUUCUAGAAAAAUAUUUCAUUCGAAUCUGUGUUCAAAAAGGGUUAAAAAUUAAAUAAUGGAAUUAAAAUAAAACUUAAAAGAUUCCAAAUGAUUAAAAAAAAUUCAUUCUGUAUAAUAUGCAGGGUUGGGCGCCAGUAAACUGGCGUUGAUUUGGUGCUUCCGACGGGGAUUAUGUAGGAGAGUUGGAUCCGAAAAAAAGAUUACAUUAUUAAUAUCUUAACAACACAACUCUAAAUUAAGAGUAUGUGGUACCCAUAUGAGCGGUUUCAAUCCAAAUAAGACAUAGUCAACAACAUGCUUAAGCAGACUAAGUAGAAUUGGAUUCAUUUUUUGGUUUUAGAGCAAAGCAUCUGUUAUAAAACUAAAAGAGGAUAAUAUUCGGUAGAGCACAACUUUACGUUUUGAAAAAAAAAAUAUUAAAAUUAUCGUUAUUUCUGAACAACAUAUAGGUACCAAGCGUUAUAUUAGGAAUGAUAGUAGAACCGUGCAGUAUGCCAGUAUAGUAACUACCUGUACAUUUAAUUUUACAUUUGUUAUAAUAAUUGAUCAAAGAAAUUCAUCGUUAUAAUAAUUUAAUAUUAAUAAAACGUUACACAGCGAGUUGUCAAUUGAUUUAAUAAUGACUAAUAAAUAAUCAAGAUGAAAAUUUUUAUUUCACGAUGGUUUUUUUUCAUUUACAUGUUCGAUUAUUUUCCAUAUAAGAUUUUACUACAAAAUACUACCAAUAAAACAAAUUAUUUUACCUAUUUAUGAUGGACAGUAUAUGCUUUGCGCGUACGCUACGUUACUGCUGAAACACGAGCUGAUACGCACGUUAUGAGCUAAAGCUUAUUUAAAAAAAAAAAUUAUUUGUGGAACCCUUUCCGUCAUUUACUAUUGGCCGGUUAGUGCUCAAGGCUACAUCUUGUUCACACCCUAUUGAUUAAUCAUGCCCUGAAUAUAUACCAUAUAGACUAAAUUCUUUGGGAACGUGUUAGUUAUCAUGAUUAAAAUAAUUAUUUGAUAAAAAUAUUUGUUUAUGUAAGAAUUAUAUCAUACGAUGAAUUUCCUCCAAUCGAAAUCAGUCAAUAUCUAUUAUCUAAUGCAUGAUUUGGCCUUUGCCUAUUUAACGGUUCAUUUGAUAUUCAAAAGAAAACAACAUGCCUAUAAAAAAGAUUGUAUAUUAUGCUAUUGUGUUAUAUAGCAUUAAAAAAAUAAUCAAAAAUUAUAUAUUUUCAUGUUAUUUACUAAAUAUCACACACACUUCUUCCCUGGAACCGGAGUAAAUGGGAAUCUGGUAUACAUAUAAUAUAUAUAUAUAUAUAUAUACACACAUGUAUAUAUUAUAUCAGGGACCAUCAAACUUUUUCAGUAGAUAUCUACUAAGAAUAUAUUUUUCCUUUGACGAUCAACUUCCAUAAAAAAAAAAGUAUAAUUAAUUACCCAAUAGACGUAAGUAUGAUAAUAUACGUAGGUACGUGUAAAAAUAAAACAACUAAAACGGAUAGUUGAGUAAUAUUUUUCAUUGUGUCUACUUUUUUAAGUUUCUAAUGCAAUAUUAUAAAUUAAUACACUAGCAAUCCAUGUGGCAACAUAACGACUGUUGAACCGUAUUGAUAAACCGACACUAAAUGAUGUAAUAGGGUAAAAACUAUCGGCAAUUGCGAUUUGUCUGAUAAUAAUUGUAUAAAACCGACAACAAAGUCGUCCGCGAUCUACUGGCCGACAGUUUGGCCGCUCCUGUAUUGUAUAUACAUGAUCUAACAAUUAUCUACGUAAAUUUUAAGAUUUAUUUCCUUUAUUUAUUUUAUCUUUGAUAAUUAAAAACUAAAAGUUGAUGCUUUUCGCGUUUACAUUAGAAAAUGGUUGGACAUGCCUCGAAAUGUUCUGAGAUAUACAUUCACAUUACAUACAUUCAUAUUGUAAUAAUUUUAGAGGAUAUGAUUUAAAGGAAGAGAACUGCAAGACGAUCUCUUAACUCCUAUGUUGAACAAAUUCAAAAUGAUUGAAGAAUUAGAACUUUCAAGGAACUAAAUGAAAAAGAAAGCAAUUGAUUAUAAUUAAAAAUUGAAGUUGGACUAUAGUUGUAGACUAAUAUACAGCUACGGGUUAAUAAAAAAAGAAAGGCUGUACUACUUAUGGAUGUUUUACUGUUUAAGGAAGGUCAAAGGGAGGAUUUAUAGAGUCAUUUAACUUAUAUCUACAUACAAUGAUAAUGCUAAUGGAAAAUAAUUCUAAGCAGAGUAUUAUUAGUCGUAUUUUAGAUUCUGAAUGGAGCGAAGAAGCUUAUAGUAUUACAAAGAUGCUUAUUUUUUUUUUUGUUUAUCUGUGAGCAACUUUUCUACCAGAUGACUUGUUCAGAUUUUUAAGUGUAUCAUCUUUUUUGAAAGGAAUAAAUAAUUUAACUUAGCUUGAUGGUUACUCAUAGUAUGUAUUUAGUAUGUAUAUUAUUAUUUUAUAAUAGUAUUAUGGUAGUAUUAAUAAAUUAUAAAAUGGGAAUGUAAAUAUUCAUGUUGACGUUGUAUCUUUAUUUGUAGUCAUAAAUAUUAGUAGCCGCCAAGCUUAGUUAAAUUGAUUGUAUUAAAUUAUUGCACUUCAUCAAAUACAAACAAUUAUAAACAAUGUCUAUACUAAUGAAUUUAAGAAAUUACUUAGCCUCUUUUUGAUUUUACAAAUUUUCUAAUUUGAGUUUUUUUUUUUUUUUUAGCAAGAUUUUUACACUUAGUUGACGGAGGGUUUUUGUUGGAAUAUAUACGUCCAUAAAUAAUAAACUAUAAAUAUGAAGUUUAAGGUAUAAUAAUCUUUGGUGUUAUAAAUUUGAAUUUAUAUCAACCUCUACGUUGGUCAGGUAUACCUCUUUGUGUUUAGUAAUUUUGCUAUUAGGAAGAAAGUGAGGGAAAGUGAGAAGAGUGAGUGAGAGUAUAAUGGAAUUAGUGAAAUAAAUGGAAUACUAUUUACAAGUCAAUACCAAUAAAAGAUGCUCCAUCACGUCUUCAUUAUCCCUCCUGAAAAAUAAUCGACGUAAAUUUCACCAUCAAAUAUUGGUGAACAAGGUGAAUAAAAUAAGAGUAUGACAAAAUUUGAUCAUGGCGUGUAUUUUAAAUUUUCCAAAAAAAAAUUUAGGAAAAAUAUUGAUAGUUUCUGAAAUAAUGAGUAUUCUACGGAAGAUUAAUCACUUUUUGGGCGAAAGUGUUAUGGAUGAAACCUCAGAAAUACCUUGGAAAAACGUCAUAUUUCGGUAUUUGUCAAAGUUUUUUCCGGUUUCAAGUAAGGAACGUUAAUGCUUGGCGAAACCUAGUUGCCACCAACUGGGUGAAACUGCAAGUUUAUGAAUUUGAAUAUUUCUAAUAUUUAUUGAAUAAUUGUUAUCAUGUGUAUACAUAUAUAAUUAUUAAUUUUAUAUUCUGGUUGAUAUCGAGCGUGAAUAACGAAUUAACGAACAUACUUAAGGUCAACAUUUAUAUUUAAGUGUUUGUAUAUUAGAGCAUUUAAAACACUUUAAUAUAAACAAACAGUAGGUGGUAAUUAUUAUGAGUGGGAUGUUGAGGUCUUUUUUUCAAUUUUUAGAUUAGUUCAAUGACUUUGAUGAACCUCUACUCUUUCCUAUCCAUCAUGUAAUUAUGCUCAGGGAAAAAUAAUGCAGUAACUAAUUUCUCCUUGGCCCUUGCUUUUUGCACCGCAGUCGUUGAACCGUUACUUAACCCAUCCUUAAGUUGCCAUUAUCAAACCUUUUCAUUACUCUUGAGUAGUGGUGUUUUGGAUAGUCUACCAUUUGGGGAUUUAACAUAAAUCCUGUAAAAAAAAUACAAAUACGCACAUAUACGAUUGUAUACUUUAAUUUUUUUCCAAAAUGUAUGUAUAACUUAUACAUGACAUGAGAUUUAUAAAUUAAGCAAUCGGUAUUCUGUAUAAUUUUUUAUUAUAUAACAUUUAUAAAUUAUCUAUAAGUAUUAAGUUAUAACUGUGUAAAAAAUGGGUUAAAUAAGAUGUCCACGUAUUGGUUCACAUUUGUUAUAUUACAUGUGAGGAAAGUUUCAUGUUGUUGUUCAUUAAAGAUUUUUUUUAUAUAUACCUAUAUAGAAAGGUUUCAAAAAGAAAAACCAAAUAUUUUUUUAAAGAUUUAAUAAUGUUUGAAUACAUUUUGUCAUUUUAUAAUUAAUUUUUUAUAUUCGAUAAUUGAUUUCAUUUUAAAUGAUGUAAGUUUUUUGGUUGAACGUUGGCGUGAGUUUAUAAUUUUACAAGUUUAAAUUUGAUAGUAAAAAAAUUAGUUAAAACAAUUAUUAAGUUAAAUCUCACAUGUGAAAUAGUUUUUAAUACUUAGGUAUACAGGCUGUCCCAUGAAGAUAUACCCCUUGAAUAUUUCUGGAGAUAAUAGAGAUAAUCAAAGUCUGUUUUUUUAUUAUAUUACUCAAACGGAUAACGACUGCAAAUUUAUUUUAUAUUUAAUUUAAAUUUUAUUUUUUUUUAGUGAACAAAUUUAAAAAAUGAUUUUGUUUUAUUAUUUUUGGAAAUUUUUAUGAGUGCCAUUCUGUAGAGUUUUUUUUUUUCUGAAAAAUUUAAUGUAUCAUACAUUUAUAUCCUCGAAUAUUUUCUAAGUAAUAACCGUUUUAAAUUUUACUAAUCGUUGGGAAACCGAUGUUAUCGCAUAACGCGUAAAUAUUUGUAGUCCUUAUCCCUUUGAGUAAUAUAAAAAAACAGAAUUUGAUUAUCCCUAUUAUCUCCAGAGAUAUUCAAGGGGAUAUAAAGGGGGUCUUCGUGGGACAACCUGUAUAAAUAAAAAUGUACAAAACUGAGUAACAAAAAAAUAAUAUUUUUUUUAAAAUUAGUGAACUCUUGAAUAUACUAUGUAUUGCAGAGUAUUGUAAAAAUGUUUUUCUAGCUUUCAGAAAAAGUUUUUGAACGGUUGAAUCUUUUUAGUUUUGUGCUUAAAAAAUCGCAAUAUUCGUAUUUUAAAUUCAUAGAUAAGCGUAUACCAGAUUCCUUAAAAUUUUUUUUUACGAAAACAACACUUAGGUCUAUUGAAGAAAUCGCCAAUGAUCUUUAGUAGCGGUAGGGUGAGUGAUUAUUGUUGUUAAGUUAGGUUAAAUAAUUGAUAAUUAGCAGUUAUGCUACCACUUCGCCUCCCACGAUAAACAGGAGUUACUGUGGUCCUAUUCUGACCGCCAAACCACUGGGGUUGAGAAGGUAUGUAGAAUAUGUUUAUAAGAUAAUUUAUUAUUUUAGUUUAUGUUUUGUAUGCAACGGUAAAUCAUUAUAAACGAAAAACUAUUCUGAACGGAGUUCAGUUAUACAUUUUUUGAUAAAUUUAAAUUGAACAUUUUAUUAAUGUUUGUAAUUAAAAAUAAAGUAUGUUUAUUUAGAAAAAGAACUAAAUAAAGCCUGGAGUAUUAUAAAGGUUAUCUUUUAUUGAAUGUUAAACCAAACCACUUAUUUUUAUUUAUAUUAUUGUUCGUAUUUUUAAUGAAUUUUAAUAUAAAUUUGAACUUAACACGCUUAUGCAAAUGAAUGUCGACAUUAAGCACAACUCUUUUUUUUUUCUUUUAAGUAUAAGUUUGAUGAACCUUAUAUCAAAUAUUCGGGAAUUUUUACAAAGCUUAUACAAUUUAAUUCACAUAAAUCUAAAUAAAUAUGUAACAUGGUGAUUUUUCGUCAAGAUUUAAACUUCAAAUUUUUGUAAAAAAAAAAAAUAACGACUACAGAUUUUUAUAUUUUCAUAUUACUAUAAGUAAAACUUGAGGUACAAUUUAUGACUAAUGAAGAAUCUCAAAUCGUUGAGUGUUUAUGGCUAGAAAAAUUGUGUUCACAUAAAACAAAAAAAACUCAAAAAUAUUUUGAAAAUUGUAUCUAUUGAAUCUAAAAAUUAAGAAAUAUUUAAUAUUAUAAGAAUUUAAUGAUCAUUUUAAGUCUUUUUUUUUAACUAAAAAAAAAUUAACUAACAGAAACCACGUUAUUUAUUUAUUUAUAAACGCCCGUUGGGCAUAGAGUAGGUACAAAAUUAAUACAUAUAUAUAUAUAAUGGUUAAAAUUGUUUUAGUAAACACUGUAAAAGAUAUAUAACAAGGAGUAGACAAAAUAAGUCAGGUAAGACAAUAUUAGCAAUAUGAACUAUAAAAUAAAUAUUUAAAACAAUAAUACAACUUAGUUCCUCUAGAAUACAACUAUUUUUUAAACAUUUUUUCAUCUCCAAAAGAGAAUUAAAGAAAAAUCAAAAUUAUUAGGUUUAACACCUAGAGUUAAUAUUCGAUUAACCGGUGCAAUAAUAGGCAAUAAUUACGUUUGCAAGUAGGCACAUAACAGGGUCGAGGAUCUUAACGUUAUGUUUGGAACAUUUAAAAGCGUUUUAAAAACCCAAACAUACAAACAGCUUUAUUAUGAAUUUCAUUAAUAUGAUCGUUAAUUUUAAGAUCAUUGAAAAAAAUAAUACAUUAGUUUUUAACAUUAGAUGUGAUACCGAGUUUUUUUGUUAUUUAUAUGAUAAUUUAAUAUAAAAUUCUGCCUAUUUCUAGUGAAUUUGAUUUGAAUAUAUUUAUCCGUAUUUAGGUCUAAACCGUUGUUAGCAUAUCAUAAGUAGAACUGAUUGAGGUCAUAUUGUAGCUUAUUAUAAUCUAUUAUUGUGGACAUAUUCUUGUCUUUCCGAUUUUCAUCCAUUUAUAAGAAAAGGACAAGAAAAAUAAUAAAAUUACUUCAUCAACUAAACAGAAAUAUUUGCUACCAGAAUCUACCUCUAAAUUUGACGGUUUGGGAAAUUCUUUUGAUCAAAAACUUGUUUACAAACAGACAAAAGAAAACAAGGACACAUAACAAAACUAAUUAAUUCCUUAAAUCACUCAAAAUUUUAAGUUAUCAAAAAACAACUAGGUACUGAAUUAAUCAAAGAAAGUGUUACAUAAAAACAAGAACACCACAAAGUAACAACUAAUUUUAGGUAGUUGUUAUUAAUAUAAUAAUUCAUUUAAAGGCCAUUUGAUAUCAAGUUCAAUUUCAUAAUAAUUGUUACUAGAUAUAUUAUUCUGUUUAUUUUAGAUAACCGUACAUUUUAUUAAAAUUACUGAUAGCUUCCAUAGUAAUUAGCACUAUUAAAGACAGUACUACUAUCUUUAAUCGUAGUAAUUAGUAUAUAUUAUACACAUUAUUUUAAUUAAAAGAAUUUAAUACCCUUUAGGAUAUUUUUACACAACAUUUAACUAUGUACCUACUUAUUAUAAACUAUAAUAUUCCAACUAUUUCAAGAAAUAUCUAUAAUACAAUAAGUAAUAUUGGUACAUUUUAAUAUUUGUUUUUAUAACCGUAAAUAUUAACAGUAGAUACUACUUAUUUGCCUUUAAAGUUUACUAGUAUUUUAUUUAAAAAAAAUAAGUCCUAACUUAUUGAAACAUUUAAUUUAAACUAAUAUACAGCAGGAUGGUUUGAAAAGAGAUAGAUUGGGUUGGAGUCGAAGAUAAAAGACAUUUAUGUGUAAAAAUAGGUAAAGGUACUCAAUAUCUAUACAGAUACCUAUAGUUAUAAAAACAUUUUAAUAAUGAUCGAAUAAAAUGUUAAUUCUAAAUAGUUAAUGCCUAUCUACUUAAUACUUAACAAUUACAUCUAGUUGCCUCAUAGACCAUAGUACCAACAUUACAUUAAUUAUCAAUGUAAAAUUAAUAUUUACCUACUCAAUUACAGAUAGAUACCCAAGUACCCAUCUAAAUUCAUGUUUGUUUUAUAUAUUGUACUUGUACAUUAAGUAAUAUUAAGUGUACAGAGUGCAAAUAUAGUCCAUGAAUUAUCUUUGGAUUUUUGAGAAUUAUAUUUCCGUAAUGUUCGUAUAAUAACAUCCCAAUCCCAGUUAAGUUAGAUAGGUCCUAUCCAUGUACUUGUAAUUAAGAUGAUGGUAUUAUCUAAGACCUAGUGGCGGUUUUUCCUGGGUGGCAAGGGAAGCGGUGUCGACAAUGAUAUAGUACGCUAUAACUAAAUAAAUUAUUGUUGAUUGCACUUUGUAUAAUACAAUAUAAUGUAAAAUGAUGUUCCACUAUCAAAAUUAUAAAAUCGAUAAUAUUGGAAUUUUUAUUGCCUCAAAUUUGUCUGUUUUUCUUAUCCUUUAUCACUCUGUAUAUUAUUAUUAUUCAUGUUUAAGAAAAUUAACUUAAUGGAGGGGAAUGUGUCCCCCUCAUACCCCCCUUUUCGUCGGUUGAUUGCCCCUAAUUGCAACAUGGAUGUAAUAAUAACAAGAAAUGGUGCUAAAAGUCCAACCAAAGUGCAUAUUAUAUUAUAUUAAUUAUUAGAUUCUGACACUCAAAUAAAAUACAUAUAUUGAUAAACAAUUAGUUGAAUAAACCUGUAAUUUGUUAAAGAUGAUAAUUGGACAAAAAGUCGGAAUAACACAUGGACGGAUAAGUUGAGAAGAAAAUUGUUACAAUUUUACGAUAGACAUUCAAGACCGGUUAUCAACGAUAAUUUGACUAAUGUCACGAUCAAUACUGUUUUAAAAUAUGUCGAUUUAGUAAGUAAUAAGUUCUCAUAUUUUAUCAUUGUUAACUAGAUAAAUUAGUAAGUAUUAGCAUUGAUUAUAUAUAGAAAUGUUACGAACUGAAAAUGGCAAAUAAUCGAAUCGAACCAAAUACCAAAAUAUCUAAUUGUUUGGUUAGAAAAUAAUUCGAUAUCUAUUCAGCGCGGUCACCAAUACGAUUUUCUGUGGUGGGACAGAGUGGCCUUAUUUUACGAAAAAGAAAAAUUCACAAAACCAUCAAACCGCAGGAUAACCUUUUCACUUUUUAAUGUUUGAACUUGAUUUCGAUAAAAUAUUUUGAAAGUUCGAUUCGGUUCGACUAAAAAAAUCAGGGUUCGUAACAACACUAAUUAUAAAUAGUAAACUAACCUAAACUAUUAUUUAUAAUCACUGGUAUUAGCUAUUAGGUUUAUCUUAAUAAAAACCUUCCACUUUUAUUUUGUGAAUACUAAUAAUAGUAUAAUUUGUAAAUAUUUUGUUCACAGGACUAUCAAAAUUCAAUAAUGACUAUAAAUGCGUGGGUUUCAAUGGUAAGAUACAUAUAUAAUUUAUUAUAAGUAUUUAAAAGUAAAAUCAUAUCAAUAUAUUAGGAUUUUUCAGGGGGUGGGGGGCAGAUGACUAGAGGUGGUGACCUUAUACACGAACUAGACUAAAUGUUUAUUGAAGAAUCCAUCUAAAAAUUACUAAUACUAAUUCUGGGUUUAAUUAACAAAAUAUAUUAAGUUAAAUGCACAGCAUUUUGUUAACAUUUUAUUCCGUACACCUACUUUCAUAGACUUGGCAAGACGAAAAGCUUCUAUGGAACGUAUCAGAUUAUGGAGGGAUUAAUGUUGUAAAUAUGGCUUAUGAUGAAAUAUGGAUGCCCGAUAUUGUGGCUUACAACAGGUAGGUAGGCGUUGUUUGUUAAAAAAUAUUGCAAAAUUGGAUCGAUAAUGUGUAUAAUACCUACCUUAGAGUUUAGGUUGAAGAUAGUGUAAUUAUUUUUGGUUAUAGAAAUAUUGUCAAUAAAAAUAAGUGUUAAAAACAAAUAGCCAAUACCUUUAAAAGGAUAUUAGGAUAAUUUUGAAAGGAUAUUACAAUAAAUUGUACUCAUACUUAAUGUAGGUAAAUAUUUUUUGUUCAAAGUGUUUUGGUUUUAAGAAAUUACAAAUACCUAUUAAAUAGAUAUUAUGUAAACUAUUAAAGUACCUACUUAUGUUAUCUCAAAACUAUUAUUUUUAUAGUAAAACUUUUUACAUUUUUGAAUAGAAUUAUUUUUUUAUUCCAGGAAUGUAUAUUACCUAAUUCUAAUUAUAAAUAUAAUAUUAUAUGUCUACCUUAAAAUUUAAAACGUGAUUUUAAAACCUAUUAUUUAUACAAGUAUUUAAGUAUUUAGUAAAUUCGAUAGAUAUCAUACAAAUGAAUAGGCAAAAUCAAGUUUAAAAUAGACGAUUUUAGUUUGUAACAGAAUACAGAAAUGAUUCAGAAAAUCAGUAUUUUAUUUAGUUGGUUGUUUAAUGGUAAACUAAUGCCCGAGAUUUACUUUCGAAAAUUAUUUCGGAUUUAUGGUUGGUUAUUAAAAAAAUAUUAUGUGAUUAUUAAGUGAAUAUAACCUAUUACUUGGAAUAAACAACAUUUUCCAAUUUUGCAAUUUAUUUCAUUUUGCUUUACAAUUUUAACGAUACAACUAUAGUUUUUAUAAUAAAUGUGAUCAAUGGUAAAUUGAAAUAAUCUUUUACUAUCCACAGUGCUGACAAUAACUACGACGAAACAUAUGGAAAGAUUAACUGUGUGGUCCGUUCAGAUGGUAUGGUUCAUUGGAUACCACCAGCGAAGUAUCGGGUAUUUUGUGAUGUGGAUUUAACAAAUUGGCCAUUUGGAGAGCACACAUGUUCAUUAAGACUCGGUUCUUGGACGUAUGAUGGCAAUUCUGUUAGCAUGCAAAUAAACCAGAACAUAAACGUAUGGUUAUUUAAAUUAUAAUAUAGUUACCGAAAUCCAAAACAAUAAUAAAUUAAUAUACCAAUACAUAAAUAGGUAAUUGAUAGGUAAUAAGUUCUGUUCAUUGAUUAUGUGUGGAAUUUUAAAGUAUAACCGUAUAGGGUUACCUGUAGGUAUUUACAUUUUUUAAACGCACCUACAAAAAUAUAAAUAUUAUCAAAAAUGAAAUUGUAUUUAUGAAAUCAUUGAAUACAUAUUAGUUAUAGAUAGUUAAAAAUUUAAGUUGUUAUGCAAGUUUAAUAUAAACUGAAAUUGAGGAGUAGGUAGAUAAUAAUCCAAAAUGGAUCAUUGGCGAUGGAAAUAUUUUCUCUUUUUUAAAUGAUUAUUUUCGUUAAUAAAAUUUAAACACGUUGCGUUAAAUUAUAAAUCCUUAACCUCGAAGUGGAUAUAUGUCGACAUGGAUAUAUUAUACAAUUAUAUUAAAUAGGUAACUAGGUGUAUUUUAUUUAGAUACCUAUGCCUAUAGGCUAUAUUUCUGCCAAAGAGUAAAAAUAAAAUGUGCAAAAGUAUAUUCCUAAUUUGAUUAGAAUUUUGAAUGUUACAAUUUCAUGAAUGUUGUAUUAAAAAAACGAAAGAUUUCCGGUGGAGGGGAGGUGCCUCUAGUGCAUUCUGGCUGUAGCACUGUUAUUUAUUUUAAUAAAAGUAAUUAAUAAUUUAUUAUUAUUAUAUCUUUUAAAUUGUAAUGAAUAUCUAGGUAAUUAAAUUAAUUUGUUUAUAUUUUUUUUUUGUGGAAGGAUGAUUAGUGUAGUAGCAAACUUCAUAGUACCUAGGUACAUCAAAUAAAACAUAGACGAACAUACUUUGUACGAUGUCUGGGCCAUUGUUGUAGGUGAGAAGGUAGAAAGAUAGAGGGAAAAUUGAAUGUAUAUCUGUACGCAAAGAUAUAAUCAUCGCUAACGAAAAACGAUUCUGAGUAGGGUCCGGUUAUACAUGCUCUGAAAGGCCAUAAUAUUUACGAUUUUAAAAUAAAAAACAUUUAUUUUUAUCUUUAAGUAUAAAACCAAAAUGGGUUUUUUUUAUUAAUAGACUGCAGAUAUGAUCAAUUUGGACGAAGGUUGCAAAUGGAAAAUCACAAAGGUGACUCAAAGACGUAGAGUUGAGAGAUAUUCUUGCAAUUCCAACGACAUAUACGAAGAUAUUCACUUCAGCAUCACAAUAAAAAGAAAAAUGCCAGCAUAUCAUACUAUAGUCGUCAUUCCAGCUCUAGGUGGGUACCUAAUUAUUAUUGUAAUUGAAAAUGUUUUUUAUUUUGUUUUGUUUAAUGUAUUAGUAUAGAACAAUUUUAUUAUGAAAGCAAUUAUUUUUAGUAAAAACUUAUAUGGUUUCUAAAUGGAACGGUACACCCAAAAACAUGUAUCAUAGACCAUUACAAUAAGUUAAUAUUUUAAAUUCCUAACUUAGUUUAAUAUUAAUUUUAUUAAAUAUAAUAACUAAAGAAAACUAACAGAUUAUGUUAAAUCGAUAUUCUGUAUAAUUAUAUGACCGUUUGUUAUUUUUUAGUUGUGGUACUACUGACGCUUUCUGUUUUUUGGCUGCCACCAGAAUCGUCAGAGAAAUUUAUGUUGAGUGGUGUUACAUUAGUCAUGAUAUGUUUACUAUUAAUGAUAAUUUCCAGCAAUGUUCCUAUUAUGAAUGACCGUAUUCCAUUAAUAGGUAAGUUUUUUUUACUAAAAAGAUAAAUAAGUUCUGUCUUGUAUGGAAACAAAACUGUACCCAAACUUCAUGAGUAUACAUACCUACCUAAUAAUGUUAUAAUAUUAUAUUAUGUCAAUUUUUUUUUUAAAUUUAUUAUUUACACUUUAUGUGAUUUGCAGUAAUGUUCUAUUCAAACUCGUUGGGUAUGGUCACACUAUCGAUGAUAUUAUCCGUGGUGUUACACAAUUUAGCUAAAUAUAAGCAACCUAAUGAAAAAGUACCUAAAUAUAUUACUCAACUAUUGAACACGAAAUUUGGAACUGUAAUGAGAUUUACAUCAUUGAAGGUAUCUAAUUUAUAUUAAUAAAUAUUAUUAUUAUUUUGCAUGAUAUUGAAAUUAUUUAGUAAACUCUAUGUAUAAAAUGAUAUCGUGCUUGUCUUGGUUUUUAUUUUGUGUUUUGAUGGGUUAUUUCCCUAUCGAAAUUGAAUAACAUUUCACAUUUAAAUUUACUGUUUAAAAAUACCUUUUUAUAUUAAAAAAGAGCUGAUACUGAUAAUUAUUUAUGUAUAAUACCUACAUACAUCUUCAAAUAUUAAUUAACAUUCUUAAAUUUGUAAGAUAUUUAUUGUUGUUUCUGAGAUUUAUAAUUAAGAUUCUUUAUAUUUUGACAAUUCUUAAUAGUUAGGUAGCUGGUGACCCCAAGGGAGUCACAACUCUUAGGUUGAAAAGCAAUAUUAUAUCAAAUUAAAACAUUGAAUAUUUAUUUUAAUCAAUUUGACUAAUUUUAUUUAAUUUGUUGUAAUCAUAGAAAGAAAAUGAUGAUAUCAAGGACGAAUUUAUUGAAGAUAAAUCAGACAAUUCUAGAAUAAAAGAAAAUCAAUGGUAUAUUCUAGCUCAGAUAUUGGAUAGAUCUAUGUUUAUUGUUUACUUAUUUUUGUUCAUCCUUAUGAUGGUAUAUUUUCUCAAGUGAAUCAUAUUAAUUGGUUUGAUUUGUCUGAUUGUAAAAAUCAUACAUUCAAAAAACAAUUAUUUAUAUGUUUAUAACCUAUCUAUUAGUUUCUGUUCAGGAACAACCUUUUUUUUUUUUCGUAUUGAUUUCUCAAUUUGUUAUAUUUCUUAUGUUUUUAUACAUUUAUAACCAUAUUAUUAAAUUAAUCUAUAAUAUUGAUACAUUUUUUGAGUCAUUAAAAAUUAAAAUACUUCCAUUUUUAUUUUUGAAUAUGGUGCUAUCUAUAAAAAAAUUCUAAUUUUAAUGUAUACUCACAAAAAAAUAUAUAAAAUAAAAUAAAAUGUUUAUAAUUUUAAUAGAAAUUAUUUGUUUGGAGUUAUUGUAUGUUAUAAAGUGCAUGCUAUAUGAAUAAAUGUAAUGCCAAGAUUUGAAUAGUGUAAACUUAGGUAUUUUUCAAUUUAUUAUUAAUAUUUACGUAAGAUAAAAUGUAAACAAAAUUAUAAAUAGGUACAUGCUAAAUAACAUAACAUACAACAAAAACAUAAAUUCAAAAACAUGAACAAGAUUUAAAACAAACAAUUGAACAAGUUUUCAUAAUAAUAAUAAUAUAAGUAUACGUUAUUAUAAAAUGAAUAGAUAGGGUUAGUAAAUUUGAUUUGCAUUUGCAAGAAAAAUUCUAAGUAACUACAAAAUACAUUUAAAAUCCUUAAGAUAAGUAAUAUGAUUAAUAAUUGGUAUUUAAUAUUUGAUUAAUAUCCUACAGUCAAAAAUAAAUUAUUUUAUGACCACUAUAGAACAUCUAAAGCAGAUAAUAAUUAAUAAUAUUAUUUAAAUAUUAAUUCUAUUAAUACUAUUACUUAUUGUAGUUAAUAUACAACACCUAUUAAACUAUGAGGGAUAUGUAAUUAAAUUUUAGAGUUAAAUUGUAUAAUUUGAAAAAAAAAUUGAUAUUAUAGUUUAUAUGUUGGUUAUACCUAUUAUACUGGGUUUCCAUAUUGUUAAGAUUUUAUGCUAAUUCUGGUUGUUUAUGGUAUUUGCACUCUGUUCGCUUUUUUGAUGGGCUAAAAUAAUAAUAAAAAAUAAAUCACAAUUAUGUAGUAAUAUAUAAUACAAAGAGUUGUAAGUAAGUUGUUAUAUCAUUAAAAAGUUCAUAAUUUCAGUGAAAAAUUAAAUUAUUUUAAACUCACCGCAUAAAAUAGAGGAAAAUGGUAAUCGUAGCAAUCAUUCCUAUUCCAAAUCCAAAGCAUAAGGCAUAUUCAAUAAUGCGGUGAUCAUCUUUAAGUUGUACCCAAGUGGUCAAUUUAUCACAUUGUAAUUUGUCGUCAGGCAUGCAGAUGUCCUUAGUGCAAAUGUAACUACCCUGAAGAGUGCUGCACAUUGAUUUUGGUUUUUCCAUUUCAUUACAAGAAGCUAUAUGAUACAUAAUAUCUAGUUAGGUGAAUUAAUUCAAUUUAGUUCAACACUAGAAAUUUGAAUACUUUAAAAUUAUGUUAUACAUUCAAUCAGUGUGUACACAAAAACAGGAAACAAUUUAUGCAAAUUUUUUUCAACGCGAUUUUUUGAAUAAAAAAAAUUAAAUAACUAAGCUAUCAAUUUAUUUAACUUAUAUAUUCUGCGCAUAAGUAACAAAACUUUUUUUAAAAUUAAAAUCCUUAUUUUUAAAAUCCUAUUUAGAUUUGCCGACUUUUUACAAGCCACAAUGAUACACCAACUUGUGUACUAAAUUUAAAACUGACCUUAUGAGAUUUAUUUGUAAAUUGUAUGUCAGAAAAAUUAAUGGCCCAGUAAUCAACUUCCGAAAACCGAUUUCAAAAGUAUACAUAACUCAUAAGGUAAAAAAUAUAAA